UUCUCCGGGAAAUUUGCAGGAGUGCGGGUGAACGUUCAAGGCGAGACGCUAGGGAAAUGAUAUUGCAUGGACGCCUUGGGGUGGCGGCCGAAUAAAAAAUGCCGGCUGUUCCAUAUGGUCUUGGAGCGUUAUCAUGGCGAGGCUAAUACCGCCCAACGAUGCAGAGAAGGCUCCAGCUGCUGGUAGAGAGGCCGAGUCAGGACGCGUUGAAAUCGACGACGUCGUGCAGUGCACCGCUGCUGGCGAGAUAUCUGAAUACGCCGUCGUCGCGGAGGGCGAAGAGCGCACGACGUGGUUCGUAUGGCUCCUGGUAUGCUGCUGCGCGAUAUCCGGAUUGCUGUUCGGGUACGAUACUGGUGUCAUCUCAGGCGCACUUGUAACUAUCAAUGGGGACUUGGGCCCGCCCGAGCUCUCCAACGGGCAAAAAGAAUUCAUUACCUCCGCCACCACGCUCGGUGCGCUCCUAGGGGGUUUGGCCGCGGGAGCCAUGUCAGACUGGACAGGUCGACGUCCCGUUCUCGGGAUUGCGGACAUUACCUUUAUGGGGGGUGCCAUAGGCCAAGCUGUAAGCCAUACCGUGUGGAACAUGAUUGGUUGCAGAUUCUUGAUCGGUAUCGGUGUAGGCCUUGCAUCGUGUAUCGCUCCGCUCUACAUACAGGAACUAUCACCCACCCGGCUGCGUGGGAGUAUGGUUGUCUUGAAUGUGGUCAUGAUCACUCUCGGGCAGGUCAUCGCGUACGGUAUCGAUGCAGGUUUUGCGAAUGUGAAUGCCGGAUGGCGGUGGAUGGUUGGACUCGGAUGCGUCCCUGCUGCGUUACAGCUUGCGUUGUUGGUGUACCUACCAGAGUCGCCUCGUGUGCUCGUGAGGCGCGGAAAUAUGGAGGCUGCUAGGAAGGUGCUGUCUCGUGUUUAUGCACUCGCAUCUUCAGAACAAGUUGAUCUCAAGCUCAAAGUUCUCCAUGCAACCGUGAAGCAAAGCAUCGAGAUAAGCAACUCGACGACAUUCUGGCAGCGGUUCGGUUCCGUGCUCUCCAACCCCAUCAACCGACGCGCUCUCGUGAUUGGCUGUGGCAUGCAAGCCUUUCAACAGUUGUGUGGAUUCAACACACUCAUGUAUUACUCCGCGUCUCUCUUCCAGGAGAUAGGAUUUAAUCAGCCGACUGCUGUCGGACUUAUCAUUUCUGGGACCAACUUCCUGUUCACGCUGUUUGCUCUCAAGUAUAUUGACGUUGUUGGGCGGCGACGCAUCAUGGUUUUCUCUGCACCGGGUAUGGUGUUUGGACUUACCCUGGCCAGUAUCGCAUUCUAUUACAUGACGAUCCACAGCGGCGGUAACCUUGUCACAGGUGUACAUUAUUCACAAGGAUGGGCAGGUAUUGUAUUGCUCUCGAUGAUCAUCUUUGUUGCGUCAUAUGCGACCGGACUCGGGAAUGUGCCGUGGCAACAAGGAGAGCUAUUCUCCCUCGACGUCCGCGGGAUCGGUACUUCACUCUGCACAGCGACAAAUUGGGCAGCGAACCUCCUCAUCGGAUCGACCUACCUCUCCCUCAUGUCCGCUAUCACACCCUCAGGCGCAUUCGGAUUCUAUGCGGGGUUGUGUUUACUGGGAUGGUUGUUCUGCGUAUUUUUUUUCCCGGAUGUGUCGGGGUUGAGUUUGGAAGAGGUACAGAGCGUGUUUAAGGCCGGAUACGGGAUUAGGGAGAGCGAGAGAUUGAAGAGGGUGAAGAGAGAAAUUUUGGAGAGGGAGAAAGCGAAGAUGAGGGGGUGAUGUUUUUUUUUCUCGUAAUGGAUCGUGGAAGAUGAUUUGACGAGACGUGAUGUCAACGACGUACGACAAAAGACACGAAGACGAAGAUGCGAUAAUGCACACAGAGGUGUACCAAAAUGUUGGUAAUCAACUAGUAGACCCUGCUACACUUGUGAUCAAAAGUGCAGACACUACUACAGUUGUGGUAAUGAAACAUGUAGACACCACUAACAGCAUACUGCAAUACUAGUAAAAUAGUGAAC